UCUUUAUUCUUUCUCUAUUACCAACUUCUUAUACUAAUCUUUCUUGCAAAAAUGGGCUACGAAUACCUCCUAUUUCUACUAGCAUCUUUCUUUCUCUGUCAACUUGCUUUUUCUUCAUCCGUAACUCAUCUGUGCUCCAAAGAUGAAAGCAUUUCCCUUCUAAAAUUCAAGAAAAUGCUUACUGUAGAUCCCUCAGCCUCUUAUUCUUGUCAGCAGUCUUAUCCAAAAACAAGGUCUUGGAACAUGAGCAGAGAUUGCUGCUCAUGGGAUGGUGUUGUAUGCGAUGAUUUUACUGGCCAUGUCAUUGAACUUGACCUUGGUUGCAGCUAGCUUAAAGGGAAGAUUGAUUCGAAUAUCAGCCUAUUCCAGCUCUCUCAUCUCUGAAUGCUCAACCUUUCUCAGAAUGACUUCUCUAAUUCUCACAUCUCCCCCGAAUUUGUCUCUUUAUUUAGGAGACAAUGAUAUACUAUUUGGACCUCACAAUUUUAAAUUGCUCCUUCAAAAUUUGACCCAGUUAAGAGAGCUUGAUCUAAGUGGUGUAAACAUCUCUUCUACCAUUCCUCCAAAUUUUUCUUCCCAUUUAACAACUCUGUGGCUGGGAGGUACGGGAUUGUAUGGAAUAAUACCUGAGAGUAUUUUUCAUCUGCCCAACCUGGAAACACUUGGCUUAUGGGACAAUCAUUAGCUCAGUGGUGAUUUUCCAAAGACCAAAUGAAAUAGCAGUACAUCUCUCAAGGUGUUAUAUCUCUAUCAAGUUAAUUUUUCUGGUAAUUUCCUGCCUGAAUCUCUUGGCUAUCUAACUGUAUUGCGGUACUUGGAACUUGAUUCUUGCAAUUUGUCAGGGCCAAUUCCGAGAUAUCUUUGGAAUCUCACGCGUCUAGAGUAUAUGUUCCUUGAUAACAACCAACUUGAAGGACCAAUUACUCUGUUUACAAGUGGGUUGCGUAAUCUAAAGUCACUUUUGCUAUUAUCUAACUCCCUAAAUGGAGCAAUACCAUCCUGGGUAUUCUCUCUCCCAUCACUUACUGGAUUAGGCUUGAGUCAUAACCACUUUUCUGGUCAGCUUGAGGAUUUCAAGUACAAUACAUUAGAAUGGAUUGAUUUAGAGGACAACCAGUUGCAAGGUCCUCUUCCUAGGUCACUUCAGAACCUUGUGAAUCUAACAACACUUUAUCUUUCAUAUGACAAUUUUAGUGGCAAUGUAGAUGUCAGCUUCUUUUCAAAUCUCAAACAACUUGGAAAGCUGGGUCUUUCAUAUAAUAGUAUUUCUCUCACCAAUGAGAAUAAAGUCAAGUCUACCUUACCCAAAUAUCUUGAGUCCUUAUUUUUGUCCGCUUGUGAAGUAAGCGAACUGGAUUUUUUGAGAUCAACAGAGAAGCUUCGUUACUUGGAUCUUUCAAAUAAUAAGAUUCAACGAAGAAUUCCUGAUUGGGCAUGGUCUAAUUGGAUGCAUAUGGAAUAUCUUAAUCUAUCCCACAACAUGUUGACAAGUAUUGACCAGAUUUCAUCACUUUCUAAUCUAAGUACUAUUGAUUUACGGUCCAAUUCUAUUGAAGGGUCGCUACCUAUUCUGUCGCCCUCUGUAAACUAUUUCUUCAUAUCAAAUAAUAGUCUCAGUGGGGAGAUCCCUUCUUCUUUUUGCAAUUUCACAUCAUUAAUAGUUCUAGAUUUGGCAAGAAACAAUUUGAAGGGAACAAUUCCACAAUGUUUGGGUAACAUGAGUGACUACCUCGAGGUUUUGGAUAUGCAAUACAAUAGUCUUUCUGGGUAUCUCCGAACAACUUUUAGCUCCAGAAGUCAACUCGAAAGCUUCAACUUGCAUGGCAAUAAGGUAGAGGGAAAAAUCCCAAGAUCCUUGUCCAAUUGCAAACAGUUGUCAGUUCUCGAUUUAGGGAACAAUCACCUCAAUGAUACAUUCCCUAUGUGGUUGAGGACUCUUCCAAAGCUACAAGUUUUAAGCUUGAGAUCUAAUAAAUUGCAUGGACCCAUCAGAACUUCGAGGAUUAAUAACUUGUUUCCUCAAACUUCGGAUGUUAGAUCUUUGUUGCAAUGCAUUUACGCGUAGUUGCCGACAAGACUU